UUCAUCCUUAUCCGAAGACUGGAGGAAAGGCCGAAAAAGUUGCGAUUGUAAAUAGAACUCGUGGUCGUUCACUAACGCGCGCUUUCUUCGUGCUAUAUUAUUCAACACUUUCAACAGUGAUACUCGAUAACGCCUGUACAGCAGUGUCAAUUCCUUUGACUUCAAACGGGCUAUAACUGACGAUACAAUAAACUAAAUAGACUCGUCUGAUUUGAAGAGGGAACACUAUGUAUUUACAGAAAAUGAAGAAAUAUUUUAAACGCGCAAAAUGACACUAUACUAGUUCAGAUACAAAGUAAUAUCAUAUUUGUAUGGUGGCUGAUUUGAAAAGCUUUUGUGCGUCGUGUUGGCACUAGCGACAACAGGACAAAGCGCCAAACAGCGCGUUGUCGGACUUUCGUCUUGUCGUCCUGUCGCUAACGAUGUACACCAAACGACGCGUUCUCGUACGUCGUGUUGUCGCGAUGUCACUCGGUUCAAAUCGAAGGAUUGGCUUAUAAGCCAAGCGACAGUGCGACAUUGCGCCGUGCUACAACGCGCCUUAUGGAGUGCUUCGCUAGAGCGCAACAAAGCGCCGUUUGGCGCUUUGUCGUGUUGUCGCUACCACAGGAACUUGAAAUUCUAUCAAAUAACCAAUAUUAAUGAUAUAAAAAAAACCCGCUUUGGAUGUCAAAUAUAUACAUUCGUUUUACUUUAUCUCUGUUUCUGUUUUCAUAUCAAUCCGUAUUGUUUCCGAGGUAAUUAUAGAUAAUAGCCGAGGCAGUUCCGAAUGAAUGCGUGGUUUUCGGAGCUAGCCGGUGAAACAGCUCUUAAAAUUAAUGGGUGUGUGAUUACAGACUUGUGUUUGCCGAGAAGCCCUGAAAACCGUGUAUUGCCCCCUUUAGUUAGAGACGAAAACUUAGAAGAAUCAUGGUUUGCAUAUCUCAAAAUACCCCGCCAGUUGUUGGUUUGGAAGCAAAAUUAUGGAGAAGAAAUAUAGCCAUGCAAUCUAUUUCGCAAAGAAAACUUUUACAUGCAGACAGUAACACCAAUGAUUUGUCUAGAAACAGUGAUGAAGUGUGUCCUUAUCAUCAUUGCGAGACAAAAGGCAGCAGUAUGAAAAGUGAAGAGUGUCCUCAGUUUAACACAACACAGGUUUUACGGUUGAUUGAUCUUCAGUCGAUUAAUUUGAGUAAUGAGAUUCGCAGAAAACCAAUCAGUGUCAGUGGCAGUGGUGGCAGAAGACAUUCCAGUUACGGUGUUAGUGAUGCUGACAUAAAAACAACUAUGUACGAUGGCAAAAUAGCGACGAAGGAUUUUAUUGGUGGCAAAAAAUGUAAGAUUGGCAAAAACAAUACCUAUGAAAGUUGCAGUAGCAACAAAACUACAUUUGGCAUUGGCAGGAAGGAGCAGAAGGAUUUGAAUCCGACAAAAUGGAGAACAAUUCUAGCCAUUCUAGGAAAACAUUUACAUGCAAACAUUAAAAACAAGGAUUUGUCUAGAAACACUAAUGAAGUGUGUAUUCUACAUAAUUCUUAUUCUCAUUGCAUGAUGUUCGCAUUGAUGAGACAUUUGAAACAAUCAGGCAUUAGGGUGUCACGCACUUUAUAUGUUGACAAUUUCUUAAUUUCGUCUUCAUUAGUCUAUAGUACGAAAUAUGGAUUAUUUUUACCUAGUUUUAUUGAGUCAGAUUUAUCAUUUGAAAUUUUACGUCGUUUAGUGUCAGAUUUCAUUGAAAUCGUAUAUAUUCCCUAUCAUUUAUUCUGUAAUUUAAGUCUUUAUUUGCAUAAGUCAAUUACAAACUUUGAUAAAAAACACUUCAGUUUGGAAUGGAUUCUUUUCAUUAAUUGGUUUGUGUCGCUUGUAAGACUUGAUUUAAGUUCCUCUGCAAAUCAUAUUUAUGGCUCUAAAAUGAAACCGUUACAAUCUCCUAACAUUGAAGAGUGCUCUAAGUCAAAAAGAGAAGAAAAUUGUUCAUACAAUGAACACGUUGUUAAAUUAAAUGAAUUACAUGAUAAGCCUACACGAAAUGAUUUGUGUAAUAAGCCUAAGUCAUUUUAUGGCGAUGUUAAUUUACAAACUAAAAACUAUGAAAACGAUAGGACACACUUGCGCUCAAAGAUUGAGCAAGACAUUGUUUCAAAGGACAAGAAAUCACAAGAUGAUUGUUUUGACUCAUUGAAAAGAACUGUUCGAAACAACACUGAGAUGCCAAGCGAGAAUCGUCAAAGACAUGAUGACUACGUUGUAGCACCGGUCAGAAAUGCAAAGAAAAAAACCCAACGUCGGCGUUCACUAUCCAAUGAAAAUCAACAUGGCCCAUCUGCACCCCAUGAAAAUCAUGAAAGAACAUCAAGUGUACCGCCAAUGAACUCUUGUGAUCUUGAAAAUGACAAUCUUUCUACAUUAUCUAGGAAUGAUGCUACAGAGCAUAUCAGAGGUCCAGUUAUCAAUGUCAUGCCACAAGUUUUUACUGAUAGUGCCCUGAGCGCUUAUCCUCCAAGAAGCAUGCCAUUACAAGAUGGAAACAUAGAAAAGAACACAAGUGGUGCAGGUGCAUGUGCAGAUGAAUUAGUUGAAGAAAGCACAAAUAAGAAUGUUUGUGAUGCGUCCUCAAACAUAGCAGAAAAUGGUAAAAACUCAAAAGAAUAUUCACGAAAUUUGGUUGGCAAUUUAAAUACGGAAGCCGUUGUUGGUCGUGUAGACACAAACAAUUAUUCAAACGAAACGUUGGAAGGUCAUAGGGUAAGGGGACAUCUACCACCAGAUCUACCUCAAAAUGAAAAUAGAUUACGUUUAGAUACAUUGGAAAAUGAAAGCAGCUCACCAUCAUUAGUUACUGUUACUACUGACUCUAGCUCACCACCAAGAUAUCCAAACACUGAUGAAUCUGAUAUACAUCGAUUUGAGCCGAUGAUGAAUGUAAUUGAUAAAAUAGCUUCCGGAGAAAGAGUACCCCCUCAAACCACAAUGCGAUAUGAGAUGUUACGAUUCUGUACACUAAGGUCAUUUCCUAAGGAAAAUAAGCCGUUUAUUACAAAAAUUGCAGCUGCUGGAUUUUAUUACGCUAAUACUGGAGAUGAAGUUGUUUGCUACACAUGCGCUAGAAGAAAGAAUAACUGGCGUGAAAAUGAUGAUCCAAUGGAAAUACAUAGACAAUUGAAUCCAAACUGUAGCUUUCUUUUGCGAAAUUUAGAGGUUAAUGUGCCAGUAAAAUUGUCAAUUUUGUCAUCUACAAACGGAACAAGUGUUUCUACAUUACAUAGGGCGACUGUAGCUGAUCAAACAACCCUUCAGAAUAUUUCAACAGCAAAUGCAAGCAGCAAUGAUGUAACCAUGACAAAUAGUACAGGCUUUUCGCAGGCCCCUGCAAGCAGGAUUGGAAUCACAAAUGGAACCUUUGGAGCAGAUACACAAUCACAGCAAAUAAGGGCUCAUGGUAAUUUUGUUGGUACAAAUACUGAUUUGUCGUCAGACGUACAGCACCAGCCUUUAGAAAAUAACUUGGCCAAUCAGCAGAGCAGUGCAGCAACGGCAUUAAGUGGGUCGCAAAUUAAUAAUUCAGCUUCAUUACCAAAAUAUCCAAGAUAUGCAAGUAAACCUGCACGUAUACAAAGUUACAAUGACUGUGGUGAUAUAGUUAUACCGCCUGACAGUCUAGCUACAUCUGGUUUCUUUUAUGCUGGCUUUGGUGACUGUGUUAGAUGCUUCCAAUGUGGCGUUGGUCUUCGUCAUUGGUCAGAAGAAGAUGAUCCUUGGAUCGAACAUAGUAGAUGGUCAAAGGAUUGUUUAUUUGUUAAACAAGUGAGAGGUCAAGAGUUUGUGAAUAUUGUUCAAAUGGCUGUGCAGUAUUCCCAGAAUCAAGCCUCAAAUGGGGAAAGCAGAACAUCUGUUUCAGAGCCGAACAGUGGUGAAGCCAACGGAAUUAAUGUUGAAAAUUUGAUGCACACUGAUGCUGCACAGAGUGUUUUAGAAAUGGGUUAUCAUCCAGAUAUCAUACGAAGAGCUAUACAGGCAAUAAAGGAUGCAAAUAGUCAGGCAACGUUAUCAGCAACUAAUUUGAUGGAAAAAAUAUUUGAAAUUGAAGACUCUGACGCCAUUUCAAGUGCUGAACAAAAUGCAGUUUUACCACAGCAACUUAAUGAAACUGUUGCAAAUACGUCCACUUAUAGAGGCGAAUCUACAAUUAGAGUAGAUACAAACACAACAGAACAUAGAAGUGAAACUGACAUUGUCCAAAGGCAUUUGAAUUCCGAAAAUCAGACAUCCAGUGCAAACGCACUUAGCAGUGUUAAUGCAGGAUCAGAAACAGAAGGACCUUCAUUGACUAUGAAUGCAAAUGGAUCAUUGCCAUCACGGGCAUCUAAAAAGGCACAACUUUUAGAACAGAAGAAGCUCAAACAAGAAAAUGAACAGUUGAAACAACAGUCAUUGUGUACCAAAUGUAAACAAAAUGAUGUAUGCAUCGUUUUUCUACCAUGUGGACAUUUAGUUACAUGUGAAACUUGUGCACCAACUAUUAGAUACUGCUCGGUAGAAGGUUGUGGGAAAUAUAUAAAAGGGACAGUUCGCACAUAUCUAGCAUAAAAGGAAAAGAAGAGAUGUGAGUGAAAAUCUCGAUUUUGACGCUUCUACCUCAACAUGCACGUGGGCAUUACAUUGUUUAAGAAUCAUGUUGCUACCUUAUUUCUUCAAACAUCACAUUCAAUAAUACAUUAUUCUUAUAUCAUUUUCCAUUCAUUCAAUGAGAUAACAACUUGUCAUUCACAAUGUAUGUUCAUCUAUAAAUAUAGUUAUUGUUAAUAAAUCUGUUAUGUUUUGAACUUAUA